AUGGGCACAUGCAAGGCCAGCCCAGUGGACCUCUUGGGUGCCUCUACGUGCCGUGUUGAGAGUGCUAGUUGGUCACUACGUGAACACAGCCCAAUAUAUAGCAACUCUCGACAUUACAGCAAGGUCGAAAACACUCAACAACGUCAAGCAUAUGCUUGGCCAGCUCCCGCGCUUGGAAGGGAUUGCACUGGAUCUAACGAAAGGCGCAAUGGGGAACAGUCACCGUGUCAUGACGAGAUCCAAAGUGACGAUGGGCCUCAAACUAUGGGUGGCGGAAUAUUAGAGGAGAAGACAUCGAAGAGGAAGAUGAAGCGUUUCAGACUCACCCAUAGCCAAACACGCUAUCUUAUGAGCGAGUUCACACGACAAGCACAUCCUGACGCCGCUCAUAGAGAGCGUCUUUCCCGUGAGAUACCGGGGUUAAGCCCGAGACAAGUUCAGGUUUGGUUUCAAAAUCGGAGAGCCAAAUUAAAGAGGUUGUCUACCGACGAUAGAGAAAGGAUCCUAAAAUCAAGAGCAGUUCCAGAGGAUUUUGACAUGGCAAAAGCACUCCGUUGGCCUUACACCAACUAUUCAAAUACACCAGCAUCUGCCGCGACACACUGUGAUAAUUCGCUCGGGAGAAAUGACGUGCCAUUGGUGAUUGAAAGCAUAAAGCUCUCGGGAGAAGAGUAUGUCACAGCUCCGUCGAGUAGUCCGCCUACCUAUGGGUACUAUGCGUCAGACCCGUUGUCAGUGGCGGAAGACAACACGAGCCCCGACAACAUCAUUUCGAAUUCCUCAGCCAACGAGCGGAAGUUACCUGUAAUAUCAUGGACAUACUCCCAGAUGCCUACACCACCAUCAGAAUCAGCAACUGUACCUGAGUCAACGAAUCCUUCGGAGGUAAGGUCGCCGUUAAACCGCAAGUGGAGUGGUGUAUCCUUGGGAGGUAUCUCAGCACGCCUGUCGCCCUCCAAAUUAUCACCUCAUACCAUGAACCGUAGCCUAAAUACACCCAUAACACCAUCACACAGCUACUAUGAGAAGCAGCUAGCUACUCCAGUAUCAGUCGGAGGUUUCCAUGAGAGAUCCGGUAAGCAUUCACAGAACGGGGUUCAUGAACACGACCUAAUUGUUUUUACAGCUUCUCAGAAGGAGGUGCAGAGCCCGAUGGCCAGCACAAUGCCGACCACUCCCCUUUCUGUUUCGUCGGAAGAGCAAGUCCUUCGGCCGAAUUCGUGCUUUGGUCUUAGCUCAUUCGACAUAUCUUGUCCGCAAGGGGCUUCGCCGACCAUGGGCUAUACGGCUUCUGGGGUUGCUUUCGAACCCAGCCCACGGUUUGUUGAAAUUCCUUAUUCCACUAAUCCGGUGAAAAAUAUGUGGGAUAUGGGAUCUUAA